AUGGUCCGGGGCUACCGCCUGGAGACGACAUGUGCGAUGCAAGAGUUGCGCCCGAUGUCGCCCGACCUGCACCAGAUCCUCGCGGAAGUCCGGGACAAUUCCUCGCCGAUCGCCAGCCAGCGGCCGGCAACCUUAUCCGGCCCGUGUAGGUUGCUGUGUUCGUGCAUUGGGAUCGCGGUCAUUGCACCCGUGACACCGUGUGUUUUGGAGCAAGACCAGACGUUGGGAGGCUCUGUGCCCAGCCGUGUCCGAGCCGCGCCGGACGCGGGAGAGGAGGUCGAUAGCGCCGCCUUGGGAGCCUCCGUUCCUGUUGCUUCCGUUCCACCUCAACUUACACGCUUCACACGUUUCGUUUGUGAGCCUCGUGACGAAUUUGCCCGUAGGAUUCGUGAGAUGAUUGACUCUGGCCAGUUUUCUGGCAUUGGACGACCAGAUCUCCGCAUGGAAGGCCCUACUGCUUGGGGAGUGUGGCUGCGCAUUUUUCCCGCCGCCCCUCCACGUGAUGCUAACAAUGGUCGUGGUGCUCGUGCUCGUUGUGGGGUUUUGUAUCAUGUGUCCCAAAUGACUGUGUUCUUCCAUGGUGACGAACAGGUCAUACGUGAGUCAUUGCUCCCUCUCUUUGAAUCAUGGACUUACACUUCUAUUGAUGUCAUGCCACAGCGUAUCCCCGAAGCUCCUGCGUUGCCCGCUCCGCCCCCUCUUGAGGUUUCGCAGUGCACACCUGGAAGCAAUUCGGGGGAACUUCCAAACUCUCUGGCGUCUGGGGUGUCUGUCGUGACGGGCCAUCGCACAAACUGUAACGUUGUUCCGGAGUGUGAUGGUCAAAUAGAAAGUGGAUGCAUUGCGUCAUUGCAAAACUUGCCACGCCUGGUUGAGGAAUUGAUUCAAGGUCAGGCCCAAUUGCAGCACACGCUCUCCACACUGUCCAGUCGCUUGGAUCUUUUCUGUUCGGUUCCUCCGGUCUCCUCUGCUUCGAAUCCCGUUGCGCAGGGUGCGCAAGCGCCAGGUGCUCAUCCGCCUCCGGGUCAGCAUGACGUUCGCGUGCCACCGGUUCCUCCGCCUCCUCCUGCGCGCUACCCGCGCCCUGUCUCGCGUGAACAUGCCGACACCAACCACGCCGAGCUCGCGCCGGAUGCUUCUGUGCUGCCCACUGCUUCAGCCCGCGUUGUUCUUGCACACAAGGGCCCCCGCGCCAUUGCGGCACGUCGGUGCCCACGGCUCCACCAACCCAAGCGUGCCGCCGUCAUGAUUGCGACUCUGAAGUUGGACCCAAUUGUACUUCAGGCUACUGUGCGUUCCACUGUUAUAGCCGAAGCUGCGCAUGCAGGACACGGCUGCACUCUGUCCCUGCGCAACCUCCUGAUCGUAACGCACCGCCGCGUCGACGCGUGUGUAGCCAUGACAACUGUUGGGUGUUGGUCCAGUCGAACUGCCGAACAGGAUUUUGUCCGCAGCACUGUGCUCGGUAUGCUAGCACAAGUUGCCCUUGUCGCGAUGCCCCUCUCACACGUCGUUGCCGGCGUCAUGGCUGUGCCGGGCUUGUUGCGGACGCUUGUCGGACCGGCUACUGUGAAGCACACUGUGUCAGUCCUAGGUGCUGCGGUCAGUCGAACAGUCGUUCUGGGCACCCGUGGACCUCCUCCGAAGAUGUGUCGGGAAACGGGGGCGGCCCUCGUCGUAUUCGUCAACACCGCGGGGGCCGCACUAUCUGAGUUUGGCGCUUUUGAAUUGCAACCGACUGUGGUUGCCGAGCGGAUCGGAGCACGCUGCUUUCCAUGGUUUGACCGGCUUGAAACGCGUGCCCCUGCCGGAGCAGCUUUACCAGUUGAUCAGCCAUACGUGUAUGAUGGGCCUCAAGGUGUUCAUGGCUGUGAGGCUGGUUUCCUUGUCAAUGGGGCGUCAUCCUCGGCGCCAGUUUCGCUCCACGCUGCCUCAUCACGUUUGAGAUGGAGAUGCUUCGCCCCGCAAUCCAAUACGACUCAUCCCAUUUUGGUUUGUAGUUUUUACGCGCCUCACGUUGGCAUGCCUGUGGCUGUGCGUGUGAACUUUUGGCACGAACUUCGCGCGUCAAUUCAGGAAGUCCUUCGCCUCCACCCGCGUUGCCAAUUAUUGCUAGCUGGCGAUUCCAAUGUGUAUAUGGGAGAAGUUAUGGGGUCGGCGCGUGAGCGCUCCUGCGAGCGGCAGCUCCGUGAGCUAAUCCGUGGCAUUUGUGCAGACUUUCAGCUCGUUAUCGCGAAUCCCUUCGGGGUCCCAACCCAUCGCUCUGGCUCAAGCAUCGACUUGGUUUUGGCGUCGCAAACGUUGGACGUUUGUGAUGUUGUUGUGCACGAUGGUUCUUCAUGCGGGUGCCCUGAAAGCUCAUGCUGUCCCGUCCUCGGCAGCGACCAUAAGGUCCUCACCUUCCAAGUGAAGGUGUCCGCGCCUCCUGUUGAGGAUGCUUCUCCAAGUUGGCCAUCGGUGCGUGACUGGGGUCCAAGCAUUUGCAGCUUGCGCCCGCGUUUGUUGGCCUGGUCUGAGAAGCUCCUCCGCCUACGUCGAGAAAACCCAUGCUGUACUGUUGCUGAUCGUCGUGUGAUGUUGGACAUCCUUUACGGUGAAUUCGUUUCCAUGUUAUGGCAUUCGUGUGCUCCCACCUUGCGUCCUAAACGAGUGGGGGGCCGUCCUCAACCGGAUUGGUGGGACGGAGAAUGUUAUGAUGCCAUGGUUGGUAAAAAUGCUGCGUGGCGUCGUUGGUGUCGCGAACGCACCCCUGCUGCCCAGCAGGCCUUGCGCGCGAAAAGGCUCCACUUUCACCAUUUGGUUCGCAAAAAGAAAGCAAUCUUUUGGCACACGUGGCUUCAAUCCCAGGAGCACGCCGCGCAAUCGAAUCCGUGCAUUGCUGCCAGGAACAUUCGGCGACAACUUGGAACCUCCAGGCACUCUGUCCCGCGCUGCAUGCGUUCUGCGUCGUCCGAGUGCAAUUACGUUGAGGGUGAAGCUUGCUUGGAGGCCUGGCGUUGUCACUUUCGCGAUGUCCCGGCUUCCGCCGUGCCAGGCCCUCGCGAGAGCGGGGUUGAUGCCCAAGAUCUGGCACCUCGUCUCCGUCGGUUGCGUGAACAGAUGGCUUGUACGACCGGCCGGUUGGAUUAUCCGUUCUCUGAACCCGAACUUGUGCAAGUUCUUCAAGAACUGCCCUUGAAGAAAGCGCCGGGUCCCGACGGCUUGACAUAUGAGGCCUUUAAGGUUGAUGACGGCAUUCUUCGUUCGGCGUUAUUGUCUUUCUUUGAGCUCGUUCGGUUCUGGGCUGUUGUCCCCUCGGUGUGGCGGACUGCUAUUGUCAAGCCCUUGCAUAAAACCGGUUCGGCCGAGGAAUUCACAAAUUAUCGACCCAUAAGUUUGUUGUGUUGCGCAUUAAAGAUUUUCGAGAGAUUGUUGUUAAAGCGCCUGUUGCCACAUGUCAGCCCGCAAAUUGAUGAAAGUCAGGCAGGCUUCCGGUGGGGUGCUGAAGAACACGUUUACACUCUUGCUGAAUGUCUACGCCUCAGGGCCCGCAAGCGCACGUUCUGCGCCUUCGUCGAUGUGCGUAAAGCGUUUGAUGUCGCUUGGAGGGAUGCGGUCAAGGUUAGGUUAGCUGAUUUGGGUGUCACAGGCUCCACUUGGAAAGUGUUGGACGAUCUUUUGACUGACACGUCCGCGCGUGUUGCGGUGAAUGGAUCCAUGUCUCAGCCCUGGUCGGAAACCGCUGGCGUCCGUCAAGGCAGUGUUUUGGGCCCACUCCUUUUCAACAUCUUGUUUGACAGCAUUUCCGCAGCUGUCCGUGCCGCGUGCCCUGGUGUUGCCCUCGGCGGCAGCGGCUCGCUCAGGCUCACGCUGCUGCUUUACGCUGAUGACUUGGUUGUGUUGGCUGAGAACCCUCGAGAUUUGCAGCGGGCCCUGGAUGCCAUUGAAGCUUGGGGAUCCAGUUGGAGAUUCUCUUUUGGCAUAGGGCUUGAGAAAACUGCUGUUCUUGUUGUGGGUUGUAGGGCGCCCAAUUUUCACUUCCGCCUGCAAGGCGCUGACGUGCCAGUGGUUUCAGAGUACUGUUACCUUGGUGUUUUGUUUCAAUCGUCGAGGGCAUGGUCAAAGCAUGGCCGUCGGCUUUAUGAAAAGAGUAACCGCAAAUUUCAUCAAUUCCUCGCCUGGGCCGAGAAUCGUCAGUUGCCCACCGGGUUUCGCCGCAGUUUGUUUCAAUCAUACGUUCUCCCGUCGAUGCUCUACGGCUCCCAAUUUCUGAGUGCUGCUUCCAUUUCAUUUUUGGAUACCAAGCUGCGGCAAUGGGGUCGUCGUCUGUUGCAGUGGCCUGCCGGGGCUCCAGGUGCAGCUGUGCUGGGCGAAUUGGGCUGGGUUUCUUUUGCCUUUGAGGUUUUCAGGGCUCAGUUCGGUUUGUUUGGGCGCCUGUCCUCUGUGCAUCCUGAUGGUGCUCAUCGAGGUCUGGCUGCUCGUGUAUUUCGCUAUGCCCUAGGGCGGCAGGGUUCUUGGGCCCAGCAGGUGUCCACUAGUUUGUGCGAGAACGGUAUUGAUAUGCCACACUUGUGGGGGGUGUCGCCGGGCUGCAGCCCGCGCGCUCUUGCUGUGUGGCAACGUCGCUGCAUGCGCCCCGCCUUGCAUAGGAAUGCAGUGGCUGCCUGCCGUAAUGAAGUUGCGGCUAUGCCUUCGCUCCGCUUGUUUGCCCAGUGCCACAGCCACAUGACCUUUUGCUCAUAUGUCCACAACUCUCGCUUGCAAUCAUCACACGUUGUGGACACCAUCCAUUUAUGGAUGGGCGAACAGCUCGUCAUCGGUCUCAGAAUUUGCCGUGCCUAUGCGGCGAUGACGACUGGAGCUUUCUUCACGCAACGCGCGUUUGCCCGAUUUUCGCAUCCUGGAGGGAUGUGUGGCUAUGUGUGGCUGCGGCGCUGUGAAGCGGCAGGUGUGCAUGGAGUUGAGCAGUUUGCUGACGCUGCCUUCUUGCAGCUGCUCUUUACGCCGCAUGACCGGCGCAACUCCAUUAGUCUCAUGUCUGCCCACUUGAGCUUUGUGGCAGCCGUGUGUCAAGCCCAGCGUUCCCUGCUGGACGGUCUGAGCGUGUAA